AUGACCAUGGAAGCCGGGAUGAUGCCGCCUACGAGAUCCGUGAAAAGACCAGCUCGCUCCCCUCUGCACGAGAUGGAUGACGACACGCACGAUGAUGGUCUGCGAAUCGAUAAAUUGGAGCAGCUUGUGAUGCAUACAGAAGGCACACCGCGAUCGCAUGUAUCGGAACGCAGUGUUCAGCUGGAGAACCAUAUCAGCGAUUUGCAAUCACAGGUGGCCGCUUUGCGAACAUCGGAGUCAAGCGUCCAGCAGGAUUACAUGCGAACUAUGGUGAUUGGGGGCUUGGAUGGGUUGCCAGCACUGCAAAACGCCACAACAUGGUUGACAACUAAGCUGAGCGCAUUGCAAGGCCCAUCACACAUUGGCACAUACAUGAAAUCGCAAACGUUUCAAGGGCUGCUGUUUGCUAAAUUCAGAACCUCGGUGGACCGGGACACGGCAGUGGCGUUGUUGAGAAGUGCCGAAAUGCAUGAGAAGGGCAAACGAGUGUGGGCUACGCAAGACUUGCCGAAGCUGCAACGCGUUCAGAAAGUUUUCAUCAUGGGACUUCGAUGGUUCAAUGUGGUCGUCACGGUGCACAUCUCCAACCAGAAGUUGGUUUGUGACUGGUCCCCUGAAUGGGCACAAUGGGAUGACUUGCAGAACAGCAGUGGGCUGAAGCAGUUGAUCCAACGUGCCAAUGACAAGUUGCAACAAAGCACUGUUUCCAAAGGAUCCGGCAAAAGCAAGCAAUCGCUUGCCGGGAUGGGAACGACGUCCUAG